AUGGCAUCUGGGUACAAUCAAUUCAGUAGUUUUCACGGCUCACAUUUUGGUAGCUUAAAAGCUCUGGAAAUCGACAGGUUAAAGGACUUGGAAAAUAAAAUUGUACCUGUCGAAACGGCUAUCGUGAAAGAUGCAUCGAAUUCUAAUUCUCGAGAAAUGCUGAAAGAAUUGAAGGCGCUGGGUUUCUUUGGGCUUCAAGUUCCACAUGAAUAUGGAGGCCUUAAUUUAAAUGCUACAGAAUAUGCAAGGUUUUGUGAAAUCAUAUCACAAAAUGUACCUUUAGCGAUUUCUCUUAAUUCACAUCAAACUUAUGGUGUAAAAGGCCUACUUCUUGCGGGAAACAAGCAGCAAAAACAAGAAUAUUUAUCUCGCCUAGCUUCAGGAGAAUGGACAGCUGCUUUUUGUAUUUCAGAACCAAGUGGUGGAGCGAACCCUUUAGGAGUUGACACAAAAGCAACACCCUCAGAAGAUGGAGAAAAAUGGCUUCAGGAUAAAAGCAAGAAGGGCUAG